AAGGACACGUCAUCUUCACACCCCCACCCCACACGCUACGCUGCGGUACGGACACGGUACAGCCUCAUCGCCACGCCACCGACGAAAGAAAGCUUGGACGAGUGAAGGGAGAUGCCGCCAGCAGCUCCGCGCCGAAUAAUCCUGCUGGCCGCGGCGGCGGCGGCGGCGGCGCUGCUGCUGAUGUGGCCGGCCGCCCGCGUCACGGCCGACGACGGCAGCACGGCAUUCUUGCCGCCGCCACCGGGGCCCGCGUCGCCGUUCCCGUUCUGCCCGGCGCGGCCGCCUGGGGUGUCGUCGGGGCCGUUCCCCUGGUCGCCGCCGUCGUCGUCGCCGCCGCCGCCGCCGUCGGUGGCGAUGUUCCCUCAGGACCCGGGGUUCCUGCCGUCGGGGGCGUGCCCCGUCGGCGGCGCGGCGGUGGCGUGGCUGCUGCUGCUGCCGCUGCUCGCUGUGCUCUCUGCUUUCUUGCCGCUUUCGCAGUGACUCUCGCGGUUGCUGCCCCUGGAUGGAUGUGAUGUGUCCGUAGUCGCUCAGUUGGAUCGGAGAUCAAGAUUUACUUAUUUUUUCUUUUUUUUUUAACGAAGCUAGGAAAGAGGCAUUCUUUCUUGUUUGCCUUUCUUUCUUUCUUUCUUUUCGAAGGCAUAGCCACAUAGGUCUGUCUGUUUCUUUCUUCUCGAGAGAAGGGAUAUCUUCGUGUACAA